CCCACCCACGUGAUGUGACAGCACUUUUGAAGCAGGGAACCUCUGGGGUGAUGUGACUGAUACAAAAUAGAUCAUCAUAUCAGCACAGACACGGCAUGAAUGGGAUUUAUGGUAGCAGGCAGCCAGCCUUCCUCUUCCUGAAGUCAGUACCAGCGAGCUGAUCACAACAUGAGUCCGUGCAGCCUGUGACCUAGCAGUGUCCGGAUCACUCCACAGCCCUCCCCAACCCCUCCCCAGCUCUGACAAGUGAGGCCCCUGGACACGCUCAGAGGGAUGGUGGUAGUCUCGGGGCAGUUUGAAGACAGAGGGACCCCGGAUGAUGCCAUGUCCAGCUCUGAUGCUGAGGAUGAGCUAAUCGAGCCGUCUACGCCUACCCCAAGCAGCGCCACGUUCUCUCUGCAGGGCAAGCUGCACCCGCUGCAGCUUUCUGAAGUGAUUCCUCUCAAUGUUGGAGGCAUGUGCUUCACCACUAGACUGUCAACACUUCAGAGGUAUGAGGACACCAUGCUGGCAGCCAUGUUUAGUGGACGACAUCACAUUCCGACGGAUUCUGAAGGUCGAUACUUCAUUGACAGGGAUGGAACAUAUUUUGGUGACAUCCUAAACUUCUUACGUUGUGGAGAGCUCCCUCCUCGAGAGCGUGUGAAAAUGGUGUACAAGGAGGCCCAGUACUACUCAGUUGGCCCACUGCUUGACAUCUUAGACAAAAUGCAACCACUUACUGGAGAGAAAGUCAGACAAGCAUUUCUUGACCUGAUGCCUUACUACAAAGAUCACUUGGAGCGUAUCAUUGAAAUUGGAAAGCUUCGAGCUAUACAGAGAAAGGCGCGCUUUGCUAAGCUGAAGAUCUGUGUCUUCAAGGAAGAGAUGCCUAUUACUCCUUAUGAGUGCCCUCAAUUUAAUGCACUACGAUUUGAGAGGAAUGAUACUGAGUCAAACCACUUUGAGCACCACUGCGAAGUUGAUGUGUCUUUUGGUCCCUGGGAAGCAGUGGCUGAUGUAUAUGAUCUUCUGCACUGUAUAGUUAGCGACCUCUCCGAGAGGGGCAUAUCCGUGGAACACCAAUGUAUUGGAGUUUGUGACAAGCACCUUGUUAAUCACUAUUACUGCAAACGCCCAAUCUAUGAAUUCAAGAUCACUUGGUGGUGAGAUGCUGCAAUUAGGGAAUGAAGACCAUCUGACUCUUUUGUGAACUCCACCUAGGACCAAAAAACUUCUGAAAUGCACUACAAGUGUAACUCACAGACUGUUAACCAUGCCUACAAAUAUGUAAGGUGUAAGAAGUGUACUAAAUACUCCAAAACAGUACUAAAGCUGCAGUGAUGCCUUCUCUAGAGUUACCAGGCAAAUAAAAAGUUGUUUGCACUAAUAUCACAAAUCUUAAUAGUUUAGUAUGAAAGGAAAAUAAUCUUUAAUUUCAUG